AUGGCCAAAGAGAUGCUAAACACUAAAGCCUUUGUUGCUAAUGCUUAUGAUGAAUAUUGGGCCGAAAAAUAUAGAAAAAUUAGGCAAGCUGGAGAAGAGAAAUGGAAAAGAUAUGAAAAAGAAGAAGAGGAAGAAAGGAGAAAAGCUGAAGCUAAGAAAAAGAAAAGAGAAGAAGAAGUUCAAGUGAGAACAGUCAAAGAAGUUCCGGAAUUUGAAAUCAAAGUUGAUGUUGAAGCAGUUAAAGUUCCUGAGAAGUGCAUGAAUUGUGAUUCUCUGAUCAAGCAAAACAAUGAGCUGCUACACAACAUUAAAAGGUUGAAAGAAUCAUAUGAUACAUUGAACAGAGAAAUGAACAAAUACACCGAAUCGAAUAGUGAACAAGUUGUUGCAAUGAAUAAACUCAAAGGAGCUUACAUGAGACAGCUUGAUGACGUCAACUACUACACAGAGAAGUGUGCUGAACUGGAAUUGAAGAUUUAUCCGAUUGUGGAAAGAUUGAAGACUUUUGAGGAAGAAAAGACUUCGGAAGAAAAGAAGUCCAAGACAAAAGAAGAGGAUGAAGUAGAAAUUUCUGGAAAAUCUUCAGAGGCUGAAAAAGAGCAAGCAUUCAGGAAACAGACAAAUCAAGAAUUCCUUGCCAAGAAGCAAGAAGAAGUAAAGAAGAGUGUUGCUCAAAAGAAGAUAGAAACGAGAACCUAUUUUCAGUGCAAAACUGCUGGUCAGGAACAACAGCCUCAAGCCCCACAGGCUCAGUGGCAGCAGCAAAGUUUCAGAGAAUGUUUUCAGUAUAGUACAAAGGAUCACUAUGAGAGACACUAUCCACAAUUGAACUGGAACCAGAACCAGAACCACGACCAUGGAAGCAGGAACGGCAAUGGGGUUAGCAACGGGGGAAACAAUGGAAACAAUGACGCCCACGACCGUGUGUCUGGGAUGGAUCAGGGUGAUGCAAGGGACGAUCUUAACGUAAUAGUGGGUAAGUUACUUCUUGUCGACUCUUAUGUUACUAUAUUGUUUGAUUCGGGUGUAAAUACCAAUUAUUUGUCUUUGAAGUUAGCCGAAUGA